AUGUCUUUCCCUCCUCGGCAUUCGUCACCACCAAAGAGACCGAAGUUGUCUUUACAGAUCAAGACCCCAUCUGCUCCACAAACCAUCGGAAAAUCCUCCACGGCAUUAAAAUCAGACAUUAAUCCAUCGUCACCAACUGCAUUUAAUACACUUUCAAAUGCAUACGCAACAGCAAUUGAAAAUGCCUCACCACAAAUAUCAAAGCCGGCAAGCCUUGAAGCUAGACCUUCCUUGAGAAUUCAACCCAUGCCUUCACGACUUCAGACGACACGACUCCAAACGAAUAUAAAAGCAGAAGAUGGAUAUAUACAUCCAUCAGAGCGCACUGCGACUCCUGGCCCAUUUGCGAUAUCAUAUCCUGAUACCCCAAGUUCAGCUCACCCAGAUUCAGCUCACCCCAAAGACUCCCUAAACUUCACAUUUACCCCUCCACAUUCAGCUGGCUCAUCCGAUAAAAAGAUGUUUACCUUUGCAUCGCAAGCUUCGAAUAGUGCAUCGCCGCGAAGUAUGAGACGACUUACUCCAUAUACACAUCCCAAAUCUCUCCAUAGUAUCCUUCGGAACUCACCACUCCCACCUCCAAGCGCCGUCGCACCUGCGACACCAAAUACUGCAAGUCGACUCGCAACACGAUUAGCAAACAAGGCCACGAAGAAAGUAGAAUACGAUGACCCUUUGACCCAAACCAUCACCACUAAUAAAUAUGUAAAAUCGCACAUCGAUCUUCUAUCCGAAGACUCUCCUCAUUCCGCCACAGAUCCCGAAUUCGCGACUUUAGACACUCUCGAUACAACCAUGCAAUACACUGGUGAUGAAACACGCGAUGGAGGACAGACUCCGGGACCAUUUGAAGAAAUGCGAAGAAGAAUGGCAGAAAGUGGAUUAGAAACUCCCGGGUUGCGAAAACGUAAGCGCAAGGACAAGAAGAGAAAGUGGAGAUGGACAAUAGGAGAUGGAGAGGAUAGUGAUGCGCAGACGACUCCUACGACUGCGUUGGAGAGAACACCGAUUACAUCGAUUUGGAUGGGUGGAGAAAUGACAAAUGGGGAUUCAGUAAUGUUUGGGAAUGGAAAUGGGAAUGGGAAUAUAGAACAGGAAACUAUUUCCAGAGAUGGAAAUAAUAAUGUUCCAUCGGAUGAAACGAUUAGGAUGAGUAGAAAGAGAAUUUCUUUGGGAAAUUUUGAAGGAGGCAGGAUAGAUGAGGGUAAUGAUGAUCGUGAUAGGCGAACACAGUCCGUGGAACUAUUUACCGAUUCGGAUAUGUCAGAAGAGGGUGGUGAAAGACCUGGUACAUCACAUUCUCUCUAG